GCCCCGCCUGAGGGAAGGGACGCGGGGCCCCGGCGGCCGCUGCAGCGGCGCGGCCCCCGUUCCGCCUCCCGCUCUCCGCCCCGGCUCCGUAUCGAUAGCGGCUCCGCGGUCCGGCCCCUCCGCCGCCGCCUCCCGCGGUGGGUAACUAACCAAAGAAGUUAUGAAUUUCAUCUGUGGUCUAAAGCUGUCGGGCAGGAAUUGUAUUUUGUCUCAUUUGGCUUCUUUGUGCAAGCAGGGGAAGUGCAAUAAUCUCUCCAGGUCUUACAGAGGAUGGUGCCGAACUCAGGGUGACAGAAACACAUGCCAAUGGUUGGAUUUGAGUGGAAAUACGAGAAACUGUUUUUUGACUGGAAACCCUGACUGCUGUAGAAACAUCAUUGGUAGAGGACUGAGAUGUUUUUCGGAUGUCUCACAUAGAAGUGGACAGCAAGUGGACAGGAAUGCACACCAUAAUUCGGGAAGAUUGUGCUCCCAGUCUUCUCAGCCACAGGGGGAGAAGAUCCCAUCCCUCCUCAUCAGUUCUGCAGGGCAACCCCCACAUCACUUUCCUGCUUGGAGCAUUCAGAUCAACAGGUCUUUUCACACAUCACCGUCACUGCAGGCUGCACCAGUUCCUCUUUUCUGGAUUCUUGUGAAGCCAGCUCAGAAAUUAUUUGCCAUCAUUCUUGGCAGGAGCAUAAGAAAAUGGUGGAAGGCACUUCCUCCUAAUAAACGGGAACUCUUCAAAGAAAGUGCCAGAAAAAACAAAUGGAAGAUCCUGCUGGGUGUCAGCAGCUUAGGAAUUGUAUUUGUCAUGUUUUAUUUUACCCACUUGGAGGAGACACCCAUCACUGGGCGUGCUCGACUGUUGGUGUUUGGCAAAGAGCAUUUUAGGGAACUGUCACAGAUGGAGUAUGAUAUGUGGAUGGAGCAGUUCAAAGAUCAAAUGUUACCUGAGACAGACGCACGCUACCGGGUUGUGGAGAGAGUUGUUGGGCAUUUGUCUGAAAGCAACAAGGACGUCCCCCAAGUCUCAGCUCUCCAGUGGGUUAUCCAUGUGGUGGAUGAGCCAGGUGUAAAUGCUUUUGUGCUUCCAAAUGGUCAAGUGUUUGUUUUUACUGGGUUGCUGGAUGCAGUUUCUGAUAUUCAUCAGCUGUCAUUUAUUUUAGGACAUGAAAUAGCUCACGCUGUGCUGGAACAUGCAGCAGAGAAAGCCAGCCUGGUUCACUUCUUGGAUUUUCUCUCCCUCAUCUUUCUCACUAUGAUUUGGGCCAUCUGUCCUCGGGACAGCUUGGCAGUUGUUGGCCAGUGGAUUCAGAGCAAGUUGCAGGAGUUCAUGUUUGACAGACCCUACAGCAGAACCCUGGAGGCUGAAGCUGAUAAAGUGGGACUUCAGUUUGCAGCAAAGGCCUGUGCGGAUGUCCGCGCCAGCAGCGUCUUUUGGCAGCAGAUGGAGCUGGCAGAGACCAUCCAGGGGCAGCCCAAGCUGCCCGAGUGGCUCUCCACACACCCCUCCCAUGAAAACAGAGCUGAGCACUUGGACCGCCUCAUCCCAGAGGCUCUUAAAAUAAGAGAGAGCUGCAAUUGCCCAUCUCUUUCUGGACCAGAUCCUCGUCUUAUUUUCAGACUUAACAUGCAACAUCUCCUGGAAUCAUCUAAAGGUCGAGAAGCCCCAAAUUCUACAAAGCAAGAUCCCUCAAAACCAAAACUGGACUUUCCUCACACUCAAAAAGUGGAAGAUAUGCCAGUGACUUUUGCAGUUAAACCCACAAACUGAUGACAUUAAUUUUCACUUUUUAUGGAACUGGUGGUCCCUGAAGGUCUGUCUUAUAACACAAAAUUGUCUUUGAACCAUGAAGAAGAUGUAGCCACUCAGAUUCUCCAUUUCUUUUAUGUGAUCUCUCACUCAAAGCAAUAAGGAACCAUGCCCACACAAGAAGAGCAGCGUGUUGAAGCAGAAAGUUUCUUAUUCAUUAAGAGUUACUAAAAUAAAUCACUUCUCAGGGGAAAGAUAAUCUCAUACAAUCCAGUCACACAGUGUAAUUUUCAGCUUUAUCAGGCUCACCUUGAUCAGAGGACAGAUGAGCCAGAAGCGUCCCUAAAGCAGAGGGAAAAGUACAAUUUUCAUCACUUAAGUUGUCUGGUUUAUCUUGCCAUAAUUUGGGUUAGAUCUACUCAGCUUCAUUUGAGAAAUAAUGAGAAGAGCUUACUGCCUGCUCCACAUUCAGGGUGUUUAAAAAUAUUAAGCUGAGAAGAGAUAAUAGCUAUGGGCUAGAUACACCCUCACUUAAUUAGGUGGAUUUACUGCUGGGAUUUUGCUUCUUUCUGAGGCAUUUUAGAAUGUGGAUUGAUUCAACAUUUUUCUUCAAACUAACCUGAAAGGGCUGCACCAAGUUCAGUUUUAAAAAAAGGAGUAAAAUAAUUUUCAGGGGAUUCUUCCUUCUGAAAGAGGCACUGAAGAAUCAUGGUAGCACCAGAUGCUUUACAAAGAUGCCUCUUGUCUUUUUUAAGUGAUCAGGGUGCCUCAUCAGAGGGCAGUUUUGCUGCCUCAACAUUUGAUUUGGUUAUAUCCAUUUGGCUAGAAAUGGUUGCUGAUGUGGAGUGUAUUACAUAGGAGACAAAUACAAGGUUUCUUGACUGCACAGCUUUUGCAGAUGAUUUUAUCAUGAAGGUGACUUCUCAUCAGGAAACUGGCAUCUAAUGCUGAGCAUCCCUCCCUGCCUUCAUUCCCUCCUUUUGAAGCCACCCUUUUUAUACCAUGGAGACAAAUAUGGACAAUGUAGGGAAAGCUCUGCCUUUCAGGAUGGGUGACCCGCUGUACCCAGCAUGUUAAUCUGUGUUUGCACAUGUUUGAAUUGUCCUUACUUAGCAGCUGAUGGAAAUACUGAAAUGCUGAUCUUUAAGGAAGAUGUAGAAGGAGGUGGCAGUGAAUGAAAAUAAAAAAGGGAAUCCUGUUCCUUUAUCUUUGUUAAAAUGUAUUUGCUGUUAUGCUUUUUGUUACUCACUUGAUCAAAACAAAAAUCUCUUUCAUAAAUGAUAGUGUCUUACUUGAAGAAAACAUUCAAAAUAUUUUACGGUGUAUCCUAAUUUGAAACAUUCUUUUCGUAUAUGGAGGAGGGUAAACUUAAUCAUAUUUCUUCCAUUAAAUCCAAAUGCAAGCUUUUAAGAAGGAAAAAAUUACCUAUUCAGUGCAGUCAGUGACUUUAGUUGGAAAAACAGAUUGUGAAACAAGUAAUGCUUUUAGUGACUUCAGUCGAUGAAGCCGUGUCCUUUGAGAAACACCAGCAAGUCCCUUAUCUCUGUCCAGAGGUAAGUUGAUGUCUGUGUAAUGCUGAUGAUUCCAGGCCUGAUUAUACAGGUCUAGAUUGGCUGCAUAUUGCUUACAAGCUGUUUUUAAACCUCUGCUCAAUCCUGCUGGCAGCAGGCAGAAGGUCCAGCCUGACCAUUAUUCAUCCAUCCAUUUUUAUUCUUCGUGACAGGAGUUUUUGUAACAGACGCUCAGUGAUGUGUUGCAGCAUUUGGACAUUGUCACCUGAAGGUAAACAGAAAAAUACACCAUUUAGAUUUCCCUGUGGACCUCUGAGUUUAUCCUGCAGCACCAAAACCCCAACGCUGCUGCCUCUCUCUUGCUCCAGUGUCAGAGCUUGUUUUGUUAUCCUGCUGCUGCUUGACAUGCAACUGGAUGCCCGUGUCUGGUAGGACUAAGGAGAACAAACAAGAGUUUUUAUAGCAUUCAGGAUGAAGUAGGAAUCUACACAAAUUUCAUAUUUCUGCUGUCUGUUUUAAGUGACUGAAGUACUGCAGUUGAAGGCAGGAGAUGCAAUUUUCCAGUUCACCAUGGGAGAUUUUUUAAAAUUUGUAGGUAAAUAGUCCUGCAACAAUAAUCAUGGUGAUGUGGGAGAAAAGGUUUCAAGGGAGGGAUAAUUGCUUAUAUUAGACUGACCAGGGGAUUGUGUAUUUCUUCCAACUAUACUCAUCUAAUAAAAGUCACUCCUCUUUUUACAAACAUACACACACACGGGUAUAAAGUGCACACACAACACACACAAGAGUUAGGCCUCUACACUAGAACACUAUAUAUUUAAAUACUGUUUAAAUUGUUUUAAAUGUAUAGUUUUACAUAAAAGGUGGGGUGCUGAAAAUUUCAGGUUUUAAUUUAGAUUUUAAUUUGCCCCAAAUACUUUUCUCAAGUGCUUUGGAAAGGGUUUCUCCUUUCUGCUUUGCUUGUGUCCAACACAGAAAAUGCCUUGUGUUCAUCUGCCUCUGGGGGACACUUUUUUCUUAAAUUCUUACUGAAUACUCUAUCAUGGAUCUGCCUUUAUUGCUAAAGCAUUUUCCUUUCUGUUUCUUGAACAGAAAAAUUACCAAAAUGUUGCCUUCCAUAGUAAACAUUUCACUUUUAAAGUCAAAGUAUGUAUAAUAAUUUUAUGUGGGUACAUAUCAUAAUAUACAUAUGUUAAUAUAUAAACUAUAAUGUAUUAUUAUAUUAUUAAUCAUUAAAAUAUAAUUUCAAACUAUAUCCCUCAGGAAAAUACUGUGAUUGCAAGCUUCUGAUUAUCUGUAGAAACUUUCCAUUGCAAUUGUAACUCACGAUGGCAAAGGAAAAGCAGUUGUAGAAGUGUUGUUAAAGGAGUUCAGUGCUUGGAAAACACAGUAUAUAAGAGGGAGAAUAGUGGCUAAAGUGAAAAAAGCUAAGAUAGACCAGUAAAAAUGCAUCUGGAUUUCCACCUCCAGUACUUUGUGCUGCACUUCACAGCUUCCUGCUGGAAGAGUAAAUACAUGGUAUAAAUGUCACUCUUAAUGCAUUUACUAUAUUUGAAAUGUUGAGAGAUUUCGUGAGCAGGGGAGGUGCAUUCAAGGCAGUCCUGCAAUAAAAAUGGCUCCUUUACCUUUUGGUUUA